AUGCCAUUAGCAAAAGUGCGCCUGCACCAUUCUAUCAAGAAUAUUUUCAAAAGAGAACCAACGCCCGAUAAAGAUGUUAAUGAAAGUGGCGGUGGACUUAAUUCUACCUCAUCAUCACACGUUGGUCUUUCAAAAUUCUUUCAUCAUACUAAAGAAUCACCUCCGACUGAUGAUUCCCUUUUCCAAGCACCAAUUAGAUCACCUUCAUUGUCAUUAAGAAGACAAAAUUCAACACCCAAUAGAUUACGAAGUCAAUCUGAACAUAUACCGUCAGCCAUUUCUCCGCCUACUUCAAAAACUCAUCAUCAUCAUCAACAUAGUCAUAGUCAAAAUCAACCCCAAGUUCAACAUCAACCAGUACCUCAUCAUCCUAAAAAAUUAUCAAAAGCACAAACUUUUGCUCAUUUACAACAAAUUAAUACUAAGAAUGCAGCACAACAACAAUUAAGAAAUAGUAGAUUAGGCUCUAAUCAAUCUACAACUCCAACCGGUGGUGGUGCUGGUCACGCUGAAAAAAUUGUUUAUAAUCCUUAUGGACUUAAUAAGGAUGCCUCAGUUGAAAAACCAAGAAAUACCAGUUUUUAUCUUUCUGGAGUCAUUGAUGGUGAACGAGUUUUAGCAAACCCUGUAGCUGAUCCUAAUGAUUAUCUUCCAGAAGAAUUAAAACAAGAACAUGUUAAUUUAUUAGACGAUUUUGAUAUUGAUGUAAGUACUAAGAAAUUAGGAGCUGGUGGAUCCUCAGAUGUUAAAGUUGUUACAUCGGCAAAGAAUAAAAAAUUGAUAUUUGCAUUAAAGAAAUUCACAUUAUUAUCAAAAGAAACAGAUGAAGAUUUUUAUAAACGUGUUCUGACUGAAUAUGUCAUUCAUAAACGUGCUGCAAUUUGUCGUCAUAUUGUAGAUACUAUUUCCUUAGUUAGAAUUCAAAGUCAAAGUAAUUUUAAUCGAGGUUGGGGAAUGAUUAUGGAAUUUUGUUCAGGUGGUGAUUUAUUCUCAUUAAUUAUAAAACCAGGUUGGAAACGAACUCCAAUAGCUGAAAAAUAUUGUUUAUUUAAACAAGUUGCAUAUGGAUUAAAAUUCUUACAUGAUCAUGAUAUUGUUCAUCGUGAUAUGAAACCAGAAAAUGUUUUAAUUGAUAGUAAUGGAUUAGCCAAACUUUGUGAUUUCGGGGUUAGUGCAUAUGGUCAUGUCAUCCCAGGAGAUUUUACCAGUGAUGUUCAUCUUUCUUGUUCUUAUGUUGGUUCACCACCUUAUUCACCACCAGAAGUUAUGCUACUUAAAGAUAAAACUCAUACUCAAGCAAAAUCAUUCCCAUAUAAUACAUUCAAAAUGGAUCAUUGGGGUUUAGGAAUGUUAUUAUUUUGUCUUAUUUAUAGUGGUGUACCAUUCCUGCAUUCUUCUCCCAAUGAUCAUGCAUUCCGAGAAUAUAAUUUCAGUCAUAAGAGAUUUUGUACCGAUCAUCAUGCAUUUAAAAAUAAUGUUGGUUACCCCAGGGGACCAGGUUCAGAAUUUAAAUUAGCGGCAAAAUUUGAAAGUACUGGUGCUGCAAGAGUUGCUUGGAAAUUAUGUGAUCCAUCACCUGAAACUAGAUAUGAUUUAGAUUUAUUAUUUAAUGAUCCUUGGUUCCAAUCUUUAGAAAUGUGUAUUUAUGAACAUCCUGAUCAAUUAGUGAAUCCAUUUGUCUUGCCGGGCACAGGUGAGAAUCCUACUGUUUUACCACAACCUGGGUCAGGCUAUUCUUCUGCUCCAGGUUCGGCCGUUCCUUCAAGAAAGGGAACCAUUAAUGCUCCAAGAAGACAUAAAGAAGAGGAUUAUCCUGAAUAUAACACCUCAAUUAGAUCGAUGUUGGAUUUAGAUGAUAGUCCUUCAUCAGCCUCACCCGCACCAUCAAAACCACCACACCCACCACAAUCACAACCACAACCACAACAAGGUGAUAAACAUCCGAUUCAUACAACUACAAACAAUACCCCAAUCCCCCAUAGUUUAUUCUUACAUCAAAACCCAAAACUUGAAACUGAAAUGCGAGCAGAAUCAAAUAGUGUCCCGCUUCCAAAAAUAAAAUCAAUGUUAGAAUUUGGUCCAGUAUCACCUUCACAAUCACCAGUUAUGGGAGGAUUACCAUUACCACGUACACCAUCUCCACCAAUGAAUGUACAACCGCCACCACUGCUUUUGCAAACUAUUAGUGGUAGUAGAGGUGGUAGUGGUCCUACUACUCCGGUAUCACCAACUAGGGCGUCGCUACCUUCGACAGCAUUGGAUUUGAAUCUUGGAAAUGGGUUGUCUGCGGUGGAAGAAGUGGGGUUGGUGAAUGAGGUAUUACAUGAAGAGGAUGAGGAAGAAGAAGAGAGUCACGAGGAGGACGAGGAACCUAAGCCUGACCAUCAUGAAGGUUUGAUUAUUCCGGAACCCAAGAUUGAAGAGAAAGUGAAGGACGAAGUAGAAGAAGGAAAGGUUACUCCGAAUUUGAAACCGGAAGAAGAGGAACAAACGUCAAGUAGUAGGAGUACACCUAUCCAAAAGGAACUAUCUCUGGAAUCUAACAGUGACAAAGAAUUAAAACCACCAGUUUCACCCAGCCUAUUAGCAGAAUCCUCAUCUCGAGACACAAACACCGACGUGAAUACAUUAUCAUCAGGUGAAACCGCCAUCACAAGAUUUAAACGCGAGAUAAUUUCCAGCAAACUAGAACAUGAUAUCACACCCUUGGAAAGAUUUGGAGCAGAUCAUGAAAGUACCUUAUUACAACGAAAUAUCUCAAGUUCGUCUUUGAAUUAUGAACAAAUAUUAGGAUCACAUCCACAAAGCCCCAUACUGAAUACUGAAUUAUUAUUGGGUCCGAAGGAAUAUCGAUCGGCGGAGGAUUUGGUGAUUGAUAAAGAUGGCAUGUGUGAAUUGGGGUAUAAGAUUAAGAAACAUCAUCAUACUGAGGUGAGUAAUGUUGCUGUUAGUGGUUCAAUGUCUAGAAGACGAUGA